AUGGCGAUAUCGGAGAAUUCGAAAUCCAACAAUCCGGCGGCUUACGUUGGCACGUCAGCAAAAAUCCAUCCUUCCAAUGACUUCGAGAUCAAUCCUCAGGAUUACUCCCUCGAAAAGUUCAAGCUCUACGAGACCAGACAGAGGUUUUACUUAAUUGGGAGCGAUAGGAACAAGAGAUUCUUUCGGGUGUUAAAGGUUGAUCGUUCGGAGCCAUCUGAUCUCAAUAUUAGUGAAGACCCUGUAGUUUAUUCCCCACAAGAAAUGAAGAGCUUGCUUCAGCGGAUUGCUGAAGGAAAUCGCUCGACUGGUGGCCUAACUUUUGUGGCAAAGGUUUACGGAAUUGCAGGUUGUAUAAAGUUUCUGGAGUCUUAUUAUUUGAUUUUGGUCACCAAGCGUCGGCAGAUAGGUUGCAUAUGCGGCCAUGCAAUAUAUGGUAUAGACGAAAGCCAAUUGAUUACAGUCCCUCAUGUUUCUAUUCAGACUGAUAUUGCACAUUCUAAAACUGAGCUAAGGUACAAGAAACUGUUGUCCAGUGUCGAUUUGACCAAGGAUUUCUUCUUCAGCUAUACAUAUCCGAUAAUGCAAUGUUUGCAGAAGAAUGUAUCUUCUGCAAGCGAAGUGAAGAUGUCGUAUGAUGACAUAUUUGUGUGGAAUGAGUACUUAACACGACCUAUCCGGAUCAGAUGCAGUAAUACUAUUUGGACAAUUGCUUUGGUCCAUGGACACUUCAAGCAGACAAGACUGUCCAUCUUUGGCAGGGACUUCAGUGUAUCUUUGGUUUCCAGACGGUCUCGUCAUUUUGCAGGGACUCGUUACCUGAAAAGAGGAGUGAAUGAUUGGGGAAGGGUAGCAAAUGAUGUGGAAACAGAACAAAUUAUCCUGGAUGAAGAGGCUGGAUCGUGCAAGGGGAAAAUGAGCUCGGUAGUGCAAAUGCGUGGAUCUAUACCCCUUUUCUGGUCACAAGAAGCAUCAAGAUUUAGUCCUAAACCUGACAUUGUCUUGCAAAGGUAUGAUCCAACAUAUGAAGCAACGAAACUGCAUUUUGAAGACCUGAUGAAGAGAUAUGGCAAUCCAAUCAUCGUUCUGAAUUUAAUUAAGACUGUUGAGAAGAGGCCUAGAGAAAUGAUGCUUAGGAGGGAGUUUGCAAAUGCUGUUGGAUAUUUGAACACAAUUCUUCCAGAGGAAAGCCAUCUGAAAUUCAUACACUGGGACUUCCACAAAUUUGCCAAGACCAAGUCAGCCAACGUUUUAGCUGUUUUGGGCGCUGUAGCAAGGGAAGCACUGGAUUUGACUGACUUCUAUUAUAGUGGUAAAACAGCUGUUGUCAAGAGGAGAACCACUGCAUUGAGCAGAACAAGCACUGCAAGGGAUGCUUCACUUAGAGAUCUCAGAACUAGCUCUGGUGAGCUUGUACGGGUUGCGAGCAGUAAUGAGAUCUUGAACUCCAUCCUUAAUCGAGAUAGAGAUCCCACUCCUCCUCUUCAUGGCAACCAAGGCAAUCCCAACUUGGAAGGACCACGUUUCCAAAGUGGAGUUCUUCGUACUAAUUGCAUCGACUGCUUGGACCGCACCAACGUUGCCCAAUAUGCUUAUGGUUUAGCAGCAUUAGGACGACAACUUCAUGCGAUGAAUCUCACGGAUGUGCCCAAAGUGGAUGCUGAUAGUUCCAUUGCCGCAGCUCUCAUGGAUAUGUAUCAGAGUAUGGGAGACGCUCUUGCACAGCAAUAUGGUGGCUCAGCUGCGCACAACACUGUUUUCCCCGAGAGGCAAGGGAAGUGGAAAGCUACAACUCAAUCUAGAGAGUUUAUUAAAUCAAUCAAGAGAUAUUACAGCAAUGCUUAUACUGAUGGUGAAAAGCAGGAUGCGAUAAACUUGUUCCUUGGUUACUUCCGGCCACAAGAAGGUAGACCGGCUCUCUGGGAGUUAGAUACCGACUACUAUCUUCACAUUGCAGCUGUUGGAGAUGACCCUGUGGAGAAUGGCAUUGGAACAAUUAAUCUGGGACCUGGAGUAGGAUUGAACCUUGCUCCCAUUCCUGCUUGCAAGGAAGACUUUUCCCGAAUGAAGUUGACAUCAUUCGAUAGGUUAAUCGAGAGGACAUGCAGUUCGAUAAGAGAAGUUAGAUUGUCGAGUGAACCUGAUCCACGACCAGGAGGCUAUGGCUCUGGAACCUCAGGCGUUGCACCUGAUGCAGCUGAAAUCCAGCUUAAAAGUCCAAAUUGGCUCUUCGGCCAGAGGAAAUAUGAAGGGACGACUGCCAAGGAAGCCGAGCUAGAAACCGAAAAUGAAGGCGAUGAAGACGGUGGCAUUGGCACUCUAUGUGAUAUAAAUUGGCUGUCUUCCAGUGAUGCGAAUGAACAAGAUGUCUUCCAAAGAUACCUCGAAAUGACCUCUGUUGAUGAAGCCACGGGGUGGUACGGUGGCUCACUGCUGGCUGAUCAAGACGAAAACAGUGAGAUAUAUAAACAUUAUGCUGAAUUAUGUCAGGGCCCUGCGAGGGAUCUCUUCCACCACGAUCCAGAACUGGAGCAGCAUUACACUGACGUUCUACGCAUGAACGCCAUCGAUGUAGUGGACAAUGCUUCGGUUGAAGCCGAGAUGGAAGCAGCUCUGAACGAUUACAAUGAAAUCGGUCGCGACCUUGGGAUACUGCCGAUGUCGUGUAAGCCCUUUGCGGAUGAUCCCAGUUGGCUGACCAGGUUGAUCCUUGGGGAGGGGAAAGCUGAAAGGGUGUGA